GGGAGACUGGCGGUAACGGGGGAGAAACUGCUGCAAGGGCAGGAUGCUGGAGAGCCGGUGAUGACCCAGACGGUGUUCCCUGGGAAGGACGCGCCGGUCUGGCCGAGCGGACACCCAAACGGAGGAAAGUGGUGACACAGCUGGAUGCAUGUCCAACAGCAUGGAAAGGCGUUUGAUGAAAGCCAUGGGACUGUGUGAUCUUUCCACCAUGUUUGGGAAAAAGAAGAAAAGGCUGGAAAUUUCCGGCCCCUCCAACUUCGAGCACCGGGUCCACACUGGCUUCGACCACCGGGAGCAGAAGUUCACGGGGCUGCCCCAGCAGUGGCACAGCCUGCUGGCAGACACGGCCAACCGGCCCAAGCCCAUGGUGGAUCCCUCAUGCAUCACUCCCAUCCAGCUGGCCCCCAUGAAGACCAUUGUUCGAGGAAACAAGCCUCGAAAGGACACCUCGAUCAACGGGCUGCUGGAGGAGUUUGACAACAUCUCAGUGACACGAUCGAACUCUCUGCGGAAGGAGAGCCCCCCCAGGCAGCACCCGGGCACGGCGAGCCACGCGGCGCGGCCGCGGGAGGAGAACGGCUACGUGGCGUACUCGCGCUACUCCAGCGAGUCGGACGGCGCGCCCGAGCACGUGGGGGAGAGGUGCCGCGACAGGGCCCUCUGCGGGGACGAGCUGGACAGGUUCUACAAGCACAACGGCCACGUGCUGAAGGUGACCUCCCGGGACAUCUACUACUCGGAGGUGACGCCCCUGCAGUCGGAGCUGGCCAGGUUCCUGCCGGAUUACCAGGCCCAGCUGGAGCCCAAGGCCAAGGCGCUGGAGUACGGCCUGAAGCUGGAGUACCAGCGGGUCCCCAGCGGCUCCUCCCUGGACUACAGAGAUUCCUUCCCCUACGCCCCAUCCCGGGCGUCGCUGCAGAGCGAGUGCCCCAAGGAGAGGCUGGAGUACGGGGACGGUGACUGGGGACACGGCCUCGGCAAGGAGGACUACGACAGGAGGCCAAAGUCGUCCUACGUGGACCCUGCGAGCCCUCAGCCAGCCAUGAGGCAGAGGUCCCGCUCCGGCUCGGGCCUGCAGGAGCCGGCCAUGCCCUACGGCGCCAGCGCCUUCAAGGCUCACCAGCAAGGACAUUGCUACAGCUCCUACACCUACCCCCGCCUGUCCGAGAGCGCAGCAGGCGUGCCCAAGGUGGAUUAUGACCGAGCCCAGCUGGUCGUCAGCCCGCCGCUCUCUGGCUCCGACACCUACCCGCGGGGCCCGGCCAAGCUACCUCAGAGUCAGAGCAAGGUCAGCUACUCCAGCAGCAGCUACCAGUACCCUCUGGUGUACCACAAGGCUCCCCACUACCAGCAGCCCCCCCUCCAGCCCGGCUCUCCCUAUAUUUCCACGGCCUCGUACCCCAGCUCCCCCAGCAUCACGUCAAGUGCUUAUCCCCCGCCCAGCUGGGGCUCCUCCCCGGAGCAGCAGCCCUCCAGGGUGUCCCAUGAACAGUUCCGUGCUGCCCUGCAGCUCGUGGUGAGCCCCGGGGACCCCCGCGAGUACCUGGACAGCUUCCUCAAGAUCGGCGAGGGCUCCACGGGCAUCGUGUGCAUCGCCACCGAGAAGCACUCGGGGAAGCAGGUGGCUGUGAAGAAGAUGGACCUCAGGAAACAGCAGAGGAGGGAGCUGCUCUUCAACGAGGUUGUGAUCAUGAGGGAUUACCACCACGAGAACGUGGUGGACAUGUACAGCAGCUACCUGGUCGGGGACGAGCUCUGGGUGGUGAUGGAGUUCCUGGAGGGCGGCGCCCUGACCGACAUCGUCACUCACACCAGGAUGAACGAGGAGCAGAUCGCCACGGUGUGCGUGUCCGUGCUGCGCGCCCUGUCCUACCUGCACCACCAGGGCGUCAUCCACCGCGACAUCAAGAGCGACUCCAUCCUGCUGACCAGCGACGGCAGGAUAAAAUUGUCUGACUUCGGCUUCUGUGCCCAAGUGUCAAAGGAGGUCCCCAGGAGGAAGUCCCUGGUUGGGACACCCUAUUGGAUGGCACCCGAGGUGAUAUCCCGCCUGCCCUACGGCACCGAGGUGGACAUCUGGUCCCUGGGCAUCAUGGUGAUGGAGAUGAUCGACGGGGAGCCGCCGUACUUCAACGAGCCGCCGCUGCAGGCCAUGCGCCGCAUCCGGGACAACCUCCCGCCCCGCGUGAAGGACACGCACAAGGUCUCCUCGGUGCUGCGGGGCUUCCUGGACUCGAUGCUGGUGCGGGAGCCCUCGCAGAGGGCCACGGCCCAGGAGCUGCUGAGGCACCCCUUCCUGAAGCUGGCCGGGCCCCCGUCCUGCAUCGUGCCCCUCAUGAGGCAGCACAGGCACCGCUGAGCCUUCCUGGGACGGCUCCUGGCUGGGGACCCGCAGCGAGGAGGAGGAGGAGAGCCGUGAGGAGGAAGGCAGCCCUGUGGGAAGCCGUGUACAGAACCCCGGGGCAGGCAGUGCCCCUGCUCCGCUGUGCCAGCUGGGCACGGCCAGGCUGAGCUGCACCGCGGGCCGCGCACUGCUGCUCCUGAGGAACACUUUUCUGACAAAACAAAGCACUUUUUAUCUCGGUCAGAGCAGCGCAAUGUAUUUUGCAAGAAGUUUGUAAUUUUCUGUACAGUACGUUUUGAUAACUUGCAGUACUUUGUCAUGUAACUGUUGUGUUAGUUAAGUAAUAAGUGUAACUUAGCGAGAAUUUCAGAAGAUGAAGUUUCCUACUUUUUUUAACCCUUUUGAAAACAGUAGAAAAAAAGAAAAAAAAAAAAAAGAAA